CUGCGUGUGAAUGCAGUGAAGUAUCAUAACUUCUUGUCGGAGAGGGCAGUGCAGUUUCGCGCCAUCCAGCGGCGGCUGCUGACCCGCUUUAAAGACAAGACCCCGGCUCCAAUGCAGAACCUGGAUACCUUGAUGGAGGGAACCUACAGACAAGUCAUUGCCCUGGCAGAUGCAGCAGAAGAUAACCAGGCAUUGCUGUGCCAGGCCUUUGCCCGCCUGUGCAGUGCCACUCACCUGCUCAUCACACUUAUCUCGCUGUGGCUGGGAUUGAAUGCCAGUCAGACAGCCAUCCUAGAAGCUAGCCUGCUGCCCGACACCCCACAGCUGGUAUCAGACUGAGCCUCCCGCCUUCCGGGACCACAUGCCAUCCCAGCCCACUCCUGUUGCUUUGGUAUUUUUAACAUUCCAUUCACAUAACACAAGCCCC